CUGCAGAAUGCUGCUCAAUGCUGGCAUUGUGCGCAAAGAGGCGAGGGCGCCGAACCUAUGCAAGCUGUUCCUCAUGACCCCAUUCUUUCCAGCUGGGGCCAAAAUGGUGACGGGAAAGUGAGCUGUGCGCGAACGCCGCGCAUUUGGUGUCAAAGCGGGCGGCCAUGAUCCUGGGCGCUGUUUUAGCUGCCAGGCAAUUGCGUUGCUGUGCCACUCGAAUGGGUUUCCAAUGUAGAAACGCAAUGCCGGCGAAAGCUGCCGUCACCAAUAAGGCGGCACGUUUCUUGCAUUCCAACGCUCUCAAAUGCGUAGCGAGCUCCCAUUGUUCGCCGGUCGCAACUUCCCCAAGGGUUUAUUCAACACUGACAAGUAGUCGGUCUUCGGGACUCACAAGGGGAAUCAAAGCCACAAGGGUUUCCAGAAUGCUGGCAAAAGCUCAGGUCGCAAGGGGAUAUUUUUCGCCAGCUGGCGCAGGUGAUGUCACCACUUCGAAGAAACAAAGUGUCAGGUGCGCAGCCGCAGAGUGGUAUGAGCACGGGUGGCGGGCGGCGUCUCUGGUCAGAAGCGACAAAAGUUCCGCUCCUAGUUGGAGUGGUGGAAGAGUGACAGGGUCAGGCUCCAGCACGUUCUUGGGGGCCCCUUUCAAGGCUCUUGAAACGCAACCGAGGCGGACGUUCUUCUCGUUCUUCGGACGUGCGAGAGCGGGUCCGAAGGCCCGAGAAAAGAUCGACAGUACGUUUCAGACGAGGGAGGACAAGGACUGGUGGAUAGAGAGAAUGGAGGCCUGCGAUAAACCUGACGCGCAACUGAUGCGAGAGAAGCUCGACUUCAAUAGCAUGCUGGGUCUCGACGAGGAGGUCAAACCGGGGACGGUGAACGCAGUUAUACUGGAGCAUCGGAAGGCCCAGCCACGAUGCAUGCUGCUGACGAGAGUGGGCGACUUUUACGAGUCGAUCGGGUUCGAUGCGGUGCUGAUGGUGCAAUACGCGGGGCUCAACCCGAUGGGCCAGAAAUUGCCAAAGGCGGGAUGCCCGAAACAGAACAUUUCCAGGACCAUUGAGCAUCUAGGUGCGGCGGGAUUUAGAGUGGGCGUUAUCGAAGAGGCGGGGCUUGACACACGCGGGCGAAAGGAGAGGUAUCUGGGAGGCAUUUACAGCAAAGAGAACCCGUAUCUGCGGGGGAUUGUGGACAGCGAGAAGGAUGGUGACUUCGACGAGCCGCCUCCCAUUGUGGGCUUGGCCUUUUCGAAACGCGGCUACAUCAUGGUUUCGGUCAACCUGCCGAUGCAAACCUACGUCAAGGAAGAGAACUUGACGGAGGAAGGCGUGAUCGCCAAACUGAGGGAGCGGGGCGCCGCCCCGAUUCUCUACAUCCACUCUUCGCUGCGAGAUGGCGCUCCUGGAACGCCCACGUGGCAGAAGAGCGCCAUCAAGACCGAGUGCGAGACACGUGGCUCGCUGGCAUUCUUCACUGGAGACGCCAUGGAGCUUGAGGAGGUGAUUCUGGCAGAGGUCCGAAAAGCGUACAACAAAGAAGGAGAAGACUUUGAGGAGACCAGGAACGUGAAUGAGAAUAGGCCCCGCCCACUGUACUACUCGACCGCGAUCCAGAUAGGUCUUCACCCGCUUGCCGGCAUGCCCCGGUUGCUCGACGCAGUGAUGCCCAAGGACGCCAGCAAGCUCUGCAGAAGCUACGUAAAGCGACUGCUUCUCAACCCUCCACCUUACGAGACUGCCGGAAAGAUACAAGAGGCGUGCCGACUGCUCAGCUCCGUCUCCGUCUCCCUCCCCGACUUCCCCUGUGAGCCGGACUAUAAACUGGUCAAGCUCAUCCGCGAACGCGAAGUAAACCACAAGCAGUUCUCCCAGAUCCGGGCGCUGUCCGAGAGCGUCCGAGCCAUGUUUGCGGACGACGCCCUGCGUCCGAUUGCGCGGCUGCUGCUGGAGCCGACGGAGCUAGCAACGGGGCUGACCGGGUUUGACGAAACCCGACUGACUGCCGACUGUGACGAAAUCAUUGGGCUCAUCUCGGCCAAAGUGCCGGACGUCCGGGAGCAGCAGACGGACGGCAACGCCAGCUGGCUGACGAUCGAUGACGACUUCCGGGCGCUGCGCGAUUUGUUGGACGAGAAUGAACGAGGAUGGCGAGGGCGAAUCAAGGACGAGCAUUUGGAAACCGAGUUCAACGAGGUCUUUGCGGCCGCUCAAAAGCUGAAGGCGACUGUCGAGCGCGACUUUGGCGCGGUGCUCAUGUUCGCAAAGGCGCGAGGGGGCACACUAAAGGCGGAAGUCCAGUAUAACCUGACGACCAAGGGCUUCUGGCUGCGCUGCAAAGGCCUCAAGGCGCAGCCGCUGGAGGGGCCGCUUGCUGACGUCGGCGCGCGCUUACGUCACGCGGAGAACAACGGCAAGGUGGAGGCCAACUGUUGGACCACGGACGAGGUGACGUCAGCGCUGAGCGCGUACAAGAAGGCGUCCGAGGCGGCCGCCGCCGCUGUCCGGAACGAGUUGCAAUCGCUGGCAGAGGCGCUCGAGCCGAAGCUCAAGGCGAUCCGCACAAUUGCGUGCUUCGCAAUCGUCGCCAAGUCGCUUCAAAUGCACGUCACCGAAGGCAUGCAGCGGCGCUGGGUCUUCCCCAUCCUUUUGGAUGAUCCCCCAAACCCGGGGGAUCCCUCGGCCGUGGCCGCUCAGCAUGGCGCGCCAAAGCCUUCCAAAGUCGAAAGCUCGCCGAAGAAAAAGGUCGGACGGCCAAGCAAGAACGGUAAAGGUGGUGGUAAUGGUGGACAAAACGUGGGCAGUGACGAGAAUGGGGCAAUGGAGUCUGUGGGGAAGCGGCGGCUGAGCGUGGAGGGCCUUGUUCCGUUCUGGCUGGACUUGGGGGCGGUGCCGAAUACGUUUGGGAUUGAGUCGAUGGUGCUGUUGACAGGGCCCAACACGUCAGGUAAAUCGACGAUUCUGCGGGCAAUCUGCGCCGCGGCUCUCCUGGCGAACUGCGGCCUGAUGAUUCCGUGCGCGGCAGCCGGCGUCCCACGCUUUGACGCGUAUAUGCUACGCAUGUUUCUGUCGGACAGUCCGGCAGAGUCGAAGAGCAGCUGGCAGAUGGAGGCGAUCGACACGCGGAACAUUCUGGCGGACGUGACGGGCAAAAGUCUUGUCUUGGUGGACGAGCUCGGGAAAGGAACGGACGUCCACAACGGAAUGGCCUUCGUCGGAAGUUUUUUCGUGGACGAGCUCGGGAAAGGAACGGAAGUCCACGACGGAACAGCCUUCGUCGGAAUGGUCCUGGAGUGCCUGGACGCCACCGGUUGCAUGGGAAUUUUGGCGACGCACUUGCACGGGGUUCUGGACAUGGACCUGAAAACGCGACACGUGGCACGCAUGGCGAUGGGGACUAAGUUGGAAGAUGACGGAAGCGGGCGGCCCGUGCGAAGGGCGACCUGGAAGCUGAUAGAUGGGGAGUGCCGGGAGAGCCUGGCAAUGGAGACGGCCCUUCUUGCGGGCAUACCCCCCGGGCUAGUCGACCGGGCGAUCGAACUCAAGCAACAAUUGCUUCAAAACCAAACCCCUCCCCAAGAAACGCCCCUCCAAAUUACCCCCCAGGAGACCUCCCUUUUAACCCCCCCUCAAGAACCGUCCGGCGAAGAAUCCCCCCUGGAUACAAAUGCCCUCUUCCUCGCGCAUUUUCACGCGUCGCAACCGAAGGGAGGGAUAUCUCAGAACGGCGCUCGGCGGAAAAACGGGAAGCCUGCCUUCAAGGGGCUGAAAGACGUGACGCCCCUCUUUAAGGAUCUCACUGGGGAGAUGUAUUUCGAGGGUGCUUCCAAAGGGGGGGGCGCGUUCAUUGCCAUCGACGCUGGGAGCGUGCCCCCCCCUGCCACGGUGAAUCGGGCGUAUCUGUAUAUCUUCCAGCGUACUGACGGAGCAUUUUACGUUGGCGAGACGGACGAUCUGAGGGGACGAGUCAAGCGGCACCGCAGCGUCAAACCCCCCGGAACCGCUCUCAACUUUUACGCCCUUCACUUGCCCGAGGGGAAGAGCCGGUCACGAGAACUAGAGGCGCGCCUCAUUCGGAAGCUGAAGGACGCUGGAGUUCCGUUAGCGAACAAAGGAGACCAAUACCACACCAAGUUUGGAGUGGGAAUCCCAGCGGGGAAUGGGAUGGGCGGUAACGGUUUGGAAUAUGAGCCGCUGGUUCCGACGCCCAUUGCGAUCGAGCCGCCGUUCUAGUUGUGCCCACUUAGGGAUUGACUGCCUAGUAUAGGGAAUGAAUUGCCAAAGAGGCGUUAACGGUUUCGUGCGUGAGUUUCCGGUCUUGACGCCCAUUGCUGUCAAGCCGCGGGUCUAGUUUCCUUACUACGUGAGUCUGAGGAAGCACGCGCAACACUACCGCAGGAGUGUCCAAUCAUGGGUUGAAGUAGGAGUGUCAAAAGCGACCAUGCUUCGUAUGUGAGAUAGUUCUUGUCUUGGCAUUCGCAGCCGAAUAUACACAGAGCGUUGAAGAGAACGAAGGAGAAGCCGUUCAAGGCCUGGAACUAGAAGCGAAAGUAAGAGAAGCAACGAGUCUUUUCUACCUAGUUGUAGCGUUCCAUCAAACUGUUAGCCGUUACUGAUCGAGUGAGCAGCAAGAGCCUGAUGCAGGAAAAGAGACCGUAACCUCUCGAGAUCUGAAUCGGUGCGGGCUGCUCAAUGAUGAAUUUAGCGGGCCUGAAGGACGUUUAAUUAUACAUGAUUGAUCAGUCACUAGGAUGCGCGGCAGCCUAUGCAAUAAUUAAGUUAGUGGGUCUGACU